AUGGCUGCCGACGCCGCAUCCGGGUCGCCGCCGUCGCCGCCGGCCGCCAAGACAUUCGCGCUCAACAAUGGCGUCACCAUGCCCGCCAUCGGCUUCGGCACCUUUGCCAACGAGGGCGCCAAGGGCGAGACGUACCGAGCCGUGACCAAGGCGCUCGAGGUCGGCUACCGCCAUCUCGACUGCGCCUGGUUCUACCACAACGAGGGCGAGGUCGGCGACGCCCUGCGCGACUUCCUCGCCGCAAACCCCCACGUCUCCCGCGCCGACGUCUUCAUCUGCACAAAGGUCUGGAACCACCUGCACGCCCCCGAAGACGUUGCCUGGAGCAUCCGCGACUCGUGCGCCAAUCUCAAGGUCGACCAUGUCGACCUGUUCCUCGUGCACUGGCCCGUGGCCGCCGAGAAGAACCCCGACCGCACGCUCAAGAUGGGCCCCGACGGCAAGUACGUCAUCAACCGCGCGCUGACGGCCAACCCGGAGCCGACGUGGCGCGCCAUGGAGGCGCUGGUCGACGCCGGGCUGGCGCGCAGCAUCGGCGUGUCCAACUGGACGAUCCCCGGCCUACAGCAGCUGCUAGCGUUUGCGCGCAUCCCGCCGGCCGUCAACCAGAUCGAGAUCCACCCGUUCCUGCCCAACGCGGCGCUAGUCAACUUCUGCGUCGCGCACGGCAUCGUGCCGGCGGCCUACUCGCCGCUGGGCUCGCAGAACCAGGUCCCGUCGACGGGCGAGACGGUCCGUCAGAACGCCGCCCUCAACGCCGUCGCCCAGCGCUCCGGCCACAACCUGGCCCAGGUCCUCCUCGCUUGGGGCCUGCGCCGCGGCUACGUCGUGCUGCCCAAGAGCUCGACCCCGGCCCGCAUCGAGUCCAACCUCCAGGUGCCCGUCCUGUCUGACGAAGACUUUGCCGCCAUUGAGGACGUUGCGAGGGGCCGCCACGUGCGCUUCGUCAACAUGAAGGACACGUUUGGCUACGAUGUCUGGCCCGAGGAGUCAUAG